UAGUCAUUGUUGCUAACGAUGGUGACAUAUUUUGAAUAAAUUAAACAAAAUUGAAAUACUCAUUCUCAGACGAAAAAUUAUUCAAUCGAUUUUUAAAACCAAACAUAUACUAAAACAAACAAUGAGCGAAUUAUCGAAGGUCAAACUGGUUUCAGGUGACAGGAAAAAGACUCAAAGUGGAAAAGGACACGUAGUUAAAAAAAUCUACCGAAAGGUCGCAGAAAAACAAACGGAUGAUAUUAGAAAACUGUCGGUGAAUGUUGGAACCAACCACGCGAUAAAUGCGAUCACGGAAGCGAAACCCAAAAUACAACAGAAAGCAUUAAAUGCCCCAAAAAAGACCGUUAAAAAAUUGAUCUCGCAAUCGGUCACGAAAUCACCGACGCAAAAACCGUCUACAAAAAAAAACCUGUCCACAAAACAACCGUUAAACAAAAUUCAAAAGCCUAACAAGAAGUCUCCAGGGGUGAGAAAUCCAAAUUCCACUACCGUGAAUAAAGUUGAAACGAAGAUAAUAAAACCAGCAAAACGUGUUAUAAAAGAAAUUCCGAUGAUUGUUACAUUGCCGAGAGAUACAACGUCACGCCAGGAGGACGGAACGAAACUCUCUAAUCCAGCUGAAAAACAGCCAGUAAAGGUCAAGCGAGUGUUGAGGAAAAAACUUUUGUCAUCGUUGAAUGGGAAAACUACGAAACCCAAGUACGUUAAUUCGAUGGCUGUAGAAACCGUACUACCCAUCAGUAACAAUGCUAAACUGUUUCCGGCCAUGACCAAACAAAUAUGACAAAUUAUUUAAAAAUAUAUAUAAAUUAAACAUACAUUUUAAACGCGUUUA